AUGUCCGAACUGACAGAAAAACGAAACGAACUUGCCAAAGAAGACCAAACAACGUGCGAUCGGGAGGAACCCUUAUCUCAGCCGUUGCUGGUGACCAAAUCCAAUUCAACGGAAAUGGAACUUAAAUCUCCGUCACCUGCACCUGCCACGGCCGCAACCACGACUGCUUCAGCCACCAUCAAACGGCCGCGACAAAAGCCUAAUGAAAGGCGGGAACUUUUAAUUCGUGCGGUGGAAGAUGUGCUGAAUUCAAAUAUUUCAAUGCGACGUGCUGCACAAAAGCACAACUUAGCCAAAUCAUCUCUUUGUGAUUUUGUCCGCAAGAACAAAAUUUCCCUCCCUAAUCUUCGAGUGAAAGCUUGCUCAUCUGCUUCGGACUCCAACUCAGUUCAGAGUUUUUCACGGUCAACUGGCAUGCAUUCGUCUAACAACUCGGGCGUUACGCUAGGAUUGAAACGUGUGUCGUCCGACCUCGAGGAAUUUCAACCUACGGCCAAACUAACUUGUCCGGCUGAUCGUAAACCCUGUGCACUAAACAAAUGCCGAGAUCACAAUUCGCACAUAAACGAAAUUUCGGACAGUCGGGCUAAUUCCACUUGCUCCGCGAAUCAGCUGUCGUCUGCCUUUGCGGAUUCCCCCCUGUCAGUUGAUGCAUUGGAGUGCGAACAGUCUGCCUCAAAAAGUCCCUAUGCUCCCAUCCGGUCUGGUAGUAAUAGUAGUCAUCUUGGAGCCAACUCUGCCUCUGCAACAUCUGGUGCUUCAUUGACUACCCUUCCCACAAACAGUUCAACAGGCGGCAAUACACUCACGUCCAGUCGGCCCAAUUCGGUAACUCACUCCAAACCAAAUCGGAUUGAGAGUCCAUGGUAUAACGCUGCCGGACUACCAACCCAAGUGCCAAUGCGAUCGUGGACUGUUACUCAUCAUCCACCUCCGGUAAACGGAAAUACCACAACAACGGGGGCUUCGUGUAAUGUUUCGUCCGAACGAAAACCAACGACCUACAAUUCUCUCUUCCAACUGCGGCAAACUUUGGAUGCAUCUAAUGUGGUCGUGAAUCUGUCCGACCCAAACACACAUCUAGACAACAUGACUGUGAAUUUACUUUGUAAUAUAGCUGAUGCCACUGGAAACUCUCCUUCUGAGACACUUAGAGCAAGACAGACACCCAGCUCGGAAGAUGGCGAGCCGGUUCUUGCCUCGGACCGUUCAGACAGUUUGAACAAGCAUCAGCAACCACAACAGCAAGAUAUACGGAGNAGUCCGGCCACUGCUAAACCAUGUCAAGAUAUGGACGUGAUAACUUCGUUUAACGCUUCCACGGUGCCGACACCUUCAAUACCCCCGUUUUUCACUGCGACUGAGCUCUCAGCUACAAACCCUGCAGCGGCUGCAGUGAUUGCGGCACUUGUUUUGCAACAGCACUCCCGUGCUGCUCCAGCCGCAUCAGGAAUACCUACCGUUUCUUAUCCAACUGUUUGUCCAUCCACUGCGUCGUUUGCUGCUGCUGCUACACUCCCUAAUCUGAUCGGAUAUCAGCCGACUCAACUUACCUGUCCCAUCCCCGUGCCCAACUCUGGUGGGGCUGUAUCUAUUCCCUCUUCGAACCUCGCAACAUUGUAUGGUCCGACUUUAUUUUCCACUCCGACAGAUUUGACACUUCCGCCCACUAGUUCAGUUGUUCCCAUUGGCACAAAUACUCCGGUAUCCGGAACGCGGCUGGGAUCAUCCCGUCCACCGUCAGUACAAUCUCUACCGCCGACUACCUGUACAAUUCAACAACUCCAAGCCACACAAACGCAGACUCAAUCCUUGCCACCCCGUAUUUCCCAAUUGAAUCUAUCUAACUUGUCCGUAUCAGAUUUGUUACAACAGCUCGGUUCUGAGGAUCUGCACACGCUUCUGACACGCUCGACAGUCACUACCACCAACGCUUACCAACCGCGUCCUCAACCAGAUUCUAUCAAUAACGCUUCCAUGAUCGCGAAUGCGCUAUCUACCCAAUUGCUUCCCCACCUUCUCACCUAUCCCGCACUGCGGAACCUUCUGACAACGAUCGUUGGAUCUGCACCUUCGAAGACAGUGAAUCUAAUGCCCAAUUCGACUAACAAACCUUCGAACACCACUACUGCUGCUGCUACGUCUUCCACUGCUGUCAUCGCUUCCACUGUUGCUGAUAAUCUGUUAGCCAAUUCUCUGCACCACAUUACCACGGAUCAGGGCUCUAUAGACAUUUGUCCAAACGUGUUGGAUUCCAGUAUGAGCUCGAACUUAACCAAAGUGCAGGCACACGCGAAGGGUUUGGUCGAUUUCAUCAACAAGUCGCCGUCUCCGUUUCAUGGUACGUGCCCUGAUCCCACCGUUCAUUCCUUCAACCACCACUCCCCAUCAGUCAAGUGUCCUCGAGGGUUAUCACAUUAA